GUCCUGGUUUUGAUCAUGAAAGGAACACAAAGUACUUGAUAUGGUAAGUUCAUUGCAAGAUGUUCAUUUUGCCUAGUUUUGUAGGAUUGCAUUCAGUCAACCCUAUCGGUUGUUAAAGAGUCGUUUGAAUUGGCUUUCCUCUUUUCAUCCACGCAUUUGUAUCAUUGUAAAAUGGCCGUCGCAGUGAGAGGUCGAAGAGGAAAAAUAAAAGGAGAAAAAUAAGGGAAAAAGAAGGGAGAAGCGUCCGCGCCCUUAAAAAUCGGUUUUUUGGCUCCUCCGCAGCCUGUAUCGACAGGGGAAGACUCCCAAUUGGGGAUUCCCUGUUUGGCAUGCGCGAACCCAUCAAGACCCAAUCUUGGUGCGAGGAACGCCCUCCUAGGACGGGUUGGCAUCGGCCUCCUGAGCUGGAGUCGGGAGAUUUCGAUCUGGUUGAUCGUUGUGUUCCCUGCUCUUUGGUCCUGGAGUCGAAAUUUCUGGAGGGGAAAGGGGGUUAUCUGCGGCCAAGCUCGAAGGUCUGGUUGCUUGGAGAUAAGGGGGGCUUCCGGAUUCGUUGUCAAAAUCUCUUCUUGGUUGAGGGCCUGUAUCGAUUUGUUUGUAGAAUUUUAAUCAUCCGUUUCUUCUGGGGGGAUUGAAAGAAAGUUUCAAUCCCCCAUGCAGAACUAGAUCAAAAGUCCUUUUUUUUCUUGGGGGUGUUUCGGAAUGGCAGAAGAGGAAUCGAUCGAGCUCAAAUUUAGGCUCUUUGAUGGCACCGACAUCGGCCCGAACAAGCAUGAUCCUUCCACCACCGUGGCAUCUCUCAAAGAAUUCAUAAUCGCUCGAUGGCCGCAAGACAAAGAAAUUGCUCCAGGAACAAUAAAUGAUGUGAAGCUCAUAAAUGCGGGAAAAAUACUGGACAACAACCAGACUGUUGCUGAGUCCACGGUGUCAGUUGGCGGGCUUUCUGGUGGGGUAAUCACUAUGCACGUUGUGGUUCGGCCUCCUGUGUUUGACAAAAACAAUGAGAAAAAGCAAGUCAAAUCCCCAAAGCAUAACAGAUGUGGCUGCUCAAUCCUCUGACUCAACAAAUUGCUAUAUUUUGGAUCUCUUUUGUUCAGCUCACUUUGUGCUCGAAUCUUAGCUUAACGUUUAGCUGACCGUGGAAUCAAAUUUAACAGCUCUGGUUUGGAUCUCUUCGGCUUGUCUCGUGCGAACAACAGUCCCUAACAAUGCGGAGGAAAGUCGACAAAAUCUUUUGUAAACAUGCAACAUUAAUCGUUGUAUAAAUUGGAGUCUGAAACAAGGCCAUUUGUUGCUACUUUGCUA